CCCAGUGAGAUUCCUAAAGUUAAAAGCACGAGUGUAACAACUUUGGUGCCAGAAUAAGCGCCGCACUGCGGGGCACAGUGAAACAGCAACCAAGACUAGAACACGUGUUUGAGGCGCGCCCUCCGGAACCGGUGUUUCUUUGUGACAAGUAACGUUACGUGCACGAGAGUCACGACAAAUUGUCACGAGUCAAGAGAGCACAAAACGCGCUAGCCCAUUCUUGUGAACCGUGGCAGCACUAUUGUUGGUUCCCAGCUGGUCUGACGGGGAAACCAGAGCUCACAAGUUGACGUCCUGUUUACAGUUAUACAUACCUGUCUGCCGAGGUCAUUUCUACAGACUGUAUGAAGAGAGAAGAGUCAAGAAUGGACGACAAAGGUGAUCUAACGCCCUGUCAAGAAAAGGGCGCGAAAAUGACAGAAGCCGAGGAAGACUCUGGGAACGAGACAUCAGAUGAUACAGCCACUUGUACACCUGAGGUGGACAAAGAUCUUCUCGUUUCGAAGUCAUUCUAUUUCUUGUUUUUCUCCGCGUACGGUUCUCUGUUUCCUCUCCUCGCUGUGUACUUUAAGCAGCUGGGCAUGAGUGCCCCACAAAGCGGGGUGCUGAUGGGAGUCCGUCCGUUCGUGGAGUUCUGCAGCUGUCUGCUGUGGGGGGUUGUUGCAGACCGAUGGAGGAAGGGGAAGGCUGUGCUGCUACUGUCCAUAGCCUGCUGGAUCGCCUUCACCUCCUCCAUAGUUCUCGUCGCACCUGGACAUAGGCCCUGCCAAAAUGACACGGAUGAAAGUUCUGACUACAGUGAUCCCUGGGCUGAAGGUUUGACCACAUCGUCAGCAGUGUUUGAGACUGUAACAGCAAACCCCAGUACUCGUGCAGGAGCAACUAAGGCAGCUCUUCUGACACAGAAUCCAGUCAAGAUUGCCCACCUGGAGACCGCCUUCUGGACCCUGCUUGCACUUGUCGUCUGUGGGGAGUUUUUCAGCGCCCCUGCCAUCACCAUGGCGGACAGCGCCACCCUGGGGUACCUCGGGAAUGAGGUGGAUAGAUACGGUUAUCAGAGGAUGUUCGGCUCGCUGGGGUGGGGCCUGGCCAUGUUUGUCAUUGGAAUCAUUCUGGAUCAUAUUGGUCACCACACCAGUUACUGCGACACUGCACACAACAAGUACACAGUGUGCUUCGUGACAUUUGCCGUGCUCAUGAUGUGCGCACUGGUGGUGGCGACACAGUUCCGCUUCCACUACCACCAAGACGAAGAAACCAUCCCUCUCAGCGACUUCACGAAGCACGGCUUAAGCGGUAGGGUCAACGAUGGUGUAGAAAACAAAACACAACGUAAACAUUUGAGACGUAGUAAUUCUUUCAAAGACAUAACGGGGAUAGGACUCUAUGAUUCAGAUCGUGACGUCGACCUUUUCCAAUCAGACUCAGGAGAAACGCUGGCGAACUGGAGGGAGGUGUUCGCGAUACUGUGUGAUGCUCGCCACGGGUCCGUCUUGUUUGUUGCGUGGGUUUUGGGUUUCGGUAUGGGCCUUGUUUUCACCUUUCUAUUCUGGCAUCUCCAUGACUUGGGCGGCACUUACAUCCUCUUCGGCAUCGCCUCAGCUCUCAACCACAUCUCCGAGAUCACGGCCUAUCUCGUCAGCUAUUGGCUAAUUUCGCACCUGGGUCACGUGAAAAUCCUGUGCCUGGGAUUGGCUGGGACGGUGGUCCGGUUCAUCACGUACUCCUUUCUGACCAAUCCGUGGUUGGUCCUGCCUCUGGAGCUCCUGCAAGGCGUGACGCACGCGUCCAUCUGGGCGGCCUGCACGUCGUACAUCGGCCAGACCACGCCCUCCGGCCUGCGGUCCUCCGCACAGGGCAUCCUGCAGGGGGUUCACCACGGGCUCGGCAGGGGAUGCGGCUCCGUCAUCGGCGGGGUGCUGGUCCACCACUUCGGAGCCGAUGUAACUUUUUGCGCUUUUGGAAGCGCGAGCUUCCUUGUCUUGGUGCUGUUCAGUGGCCUACAUUGGUUCAUCCUGGGAAGGAACUCUACAAAUAAGGAAAAGGACCCCAUGCCAGCCAAGUACAUGUUGAGCAUCGCUACCAUGACGUCGCCUGUGACGCAGUUGGUGCAUCCCCAGCUGAACCAUGACGUCAGUUACUGACAAUGUAUUGUUCAACUGCCGCAGAACUUGUACAAAGACUGUAACAGUUGUAAGUCAUUGUAGAAAAAAUGUUCUUUUGAAAUCAUUAAAUGGCUUCCUUCAGACUUAAAAAAAUGACUAACUCCAGUCUUAGCCUGCUUAUACGUGUACCUUCUCAUGUAUUUACUGUAAGGCUAAGCUUCAUUGGAAUAUAAGGGUACAAUAAAGGUGUAGUAUAUGCUGUUUUCCAUGAGGUCCUUAUGACACUUAUGUGACUGAGAUACAACAAAAACAUGUUUGGCAUCAUAUUUGCAAAGAUUUUAUUCAUCAUGGCCAACAUGAGUCCAUAUCAAAGACUGGACACAACAAUUACAAUCAUCAUAUCUAAUUAUGGUUCUAUAAUGUGUUGCCUUGUUCUAAUCCAUACCUUCACCCAACAGAUAUCAAAUAAUUGUAAUCAUACUGUAAUGUUUGUAUCAUUUCUGUUUAGAAUAUCAUAUAGUCACAGUUACAUAAGUAUUUUAUGUAUAUAGCCAGUAAUGUAGCAAAUCACCAUUAUUCAAUAUUGCAAUAAUAGAAAAAUGAAGGCCCAUUACCUGAUUAAACCACAACAA